GUCGUGGAAUCGUUACACCGAUCGGGAUAAAAACUGAAGUAAAUGGUUGUAUUUUCCGUGUAAGUGUACAGGAACAUUUGCCGUCAAUCUCGAGAAUUCUCGUUGCAGACGAGAUUUCCGGAAUGAAAUGCCCGGAUGACUGCAGACGAAAACAGGUGCUCGAACGAUAUGUAAAAUUAAAUGUUUUUGUUAUUCAAGACGAGGUUGCCUUGUAUGGGGUUGUCAUGAUUUCUGAAAUAUGUGUUCUUUCUCCAGUUUACGAGCCACUUUUGAAGAAAACAUAUCGAAAGGAUCACAUAAAAAGCAACACAACUGAUGUCUUUGUGAAGAAACUUAACCAGGAUGGUAGGAAUCUACAGCCUCACUUUAAGGAUGACAAUGUCUUUUACUUCUACAUUCAGAGAAAUAACAUAAUUUUCUUUGCAACAUCAACAUCUGAACUAUCUCCAGUUGCAGUGAUAGAAAUACUCAGCAGAUUAUAUCAUGUUUGCAAGGACUUCUGUGGAACAGUGUCAGAAAAUUCUAUCAAAAGCAACCUGUUGCUUUUAUACGAAGUACUGGAUGAAAUGCUGGACUAUGGGUUUGUUCAGCUUGCAAGUACGGACAAGUUGAAACCUUACAUCAGUAGUGAACCAGUUGUCAUAGAAACAAGCAGAUCAGCACAAGAAGAUGUGGCGGCUAGACUUCUUGGAAUUGACAGCAGGGUCGUGCCCUUCAGUGCAGCAAACAAGCCAGUAAUCCGAUCUCAAGCAGAUAUGGAGAACCGGCGGAAUGAAGUGUUUGUUGAUGUUGUUGAAAGGCUGACAGCUGUUGUCGACUCCAGUGGAGUUGUGAGUCGGAUGGAGAUUAAUGGUUCGGUCAACAUGAAGAACUUCUUGAUUGGCAGUCCCCUGAUAAAAAUAGCAUUAAACGAUGACCUGGUUGUGCACCAGGAGGGUCAGUUGAAAGGUCUUGGACAAAAUGUCCAGCUUGACAGGUGUCAUUUUCACCAGUGUGUCAAACUUGAUGAGUUUGACAGUAACAGGAUCCUGAGGAAUGUGUUCUCUAUCAUGACAUACAGUGCUAAUGGGGAGUUUCCUAUAACUGUCCCUCUCAGAGUGAUGACAUUCCUGUCCGAAAUCAAAGGUAGCAGAGAUGUUGACAUGACUGUGAGGCUCAAGUGUGAGGUCCCUGCCAACUGCCAAUUUGUGUACAUAGCAGUCAAGAUAAACAUUCCAAAAUCAGUCACAAGCAUGUCCCAGAGCCUCAGUGGGCCUAAUCAGACUGCAGACUUGAGGAGAGAGGAGGGGGUGAUAUCUUGGAAGAUGAGGAAAUUGCCAGGGGCCACAGAAGCUAUUGGAAAAUUCAGGUUGAUCAGUCAAGGUGGAGACAAGAUAAACAAGAAGGAGAUUGGCCCCCUCAUUGUGGACUACGAGGUGUCGGGAUACACGUGCACUGGCCUACAGAUCCGCUACAUGAGGGUGUAUGACCAGGAACACUCCUAUGUGCCAUUCCGGUGGAUACGAUACAUCACUGUCACAGAAUCCUACAUUGUUACACUGUCAUGAAGUACCAGCCUGUAAAUGAUUUUCAGUUAUGGAGCGGUGGGGUAGCCUAGUGGUUAAAGCGUCCGGGUUCGAUUCCCCACAUGGGUAUAAUGUGUGAAGCCCAUUUCUGGUGUCCCCCGCCGUGAUAUUGCGGGAAUAUUGCUAAAAGCGGUGUAAAACCAUACUCACUCAUUCACUCAGUUAUGGACUGAUCAAAAUUUGACAACAUCAGCACUAAAAUUUGUCACUAAAACAUCCAAAUGGACUCACAUAACCCCAAUCCUCCAGAGUCUGCAUUGGCUGCCGGUUGAAGCCAGAAUUCAUUUCAAGAUCUGCACUCUUGUU